AUAUUUUAGGUGAUGAUUUUCAUUAGAAAAAAUGGGUUUUGCCAUUGCCAAAACCAAAGACCUUCGUUCUGCAGCUCAAGCAAAGGCUUUGGCACUUAAUCUAGAAACCCAAAAAAAAAAAAAAAGAAGAGGUAUUACUCACCUUCACGUCUCCUUCAUUCAAUUUUUUUUCUUGCAGAGAACAAGAAUAACCCCGAAGGCCCUCUUUCUUUAUGUUCUUGAAUUGAUUAACUUCUUCAUAGUAAUUUUAAAACGAUUCACUCAUAAAUAAAUUUUUUUUUAUUUUCUUCCACGCAACCGACCCUCUCCUCUCUCCCUUCCCUGUCUUUCUUUCUUUCUUUGAAUUCUCCAAGUAACGGUCAAUCUUUGGUCUUUGUUGAUUUUUUUGGAAUAAUCCUUAGUAUGUAUAGGCCAAAUUCGCCAUUUUGAUUAUUUCUUUAUUCUUUCGGGGUAUUAUUGGAGCUGCUCGUUUGUGGAUCGGAGUUGUUACUAUCUGUGUUCAAGAAUCUGCAAAUUAAGUUUCUAGGUUCCAAUUGUUGCAUCUUUUAGCUUCUUAUCCGCGGAAAAGAUUGUGGCUUUGUUCCAACUUAUGAUUUGCAGAACCUUGCCAUAAACAUUUUCGUAUUUUGGGGAAUGGACUGGCUGUUUUUCCCUGCCAUCAAGAUUUAUGAAUGAUGUUCAGGGCUCAAAAGGCUGCAAAUGCUCUUGGCAUAUUUAAGUGGAGAUGGGGUGGUGAAUCCUCUUUGACAACAGGUUUACUAGGUGAUGUGCCUCCUGAGAUUGAGUUGUCUGACUAUGGAAGAGUACCACCAAGUCCUGGUAGUGAGAGCCCUUCAGGGCUUCUUAAUGGUGAGACUCCGAAUGUGGAACCAAUAGCUGACUUAGACUUGUUCUUUGAACAGCUCUAUAGCUACUAUUGUGAGAAGGGGCUUUGGUGCAUAAUUACAAAAUGGAUAGUUGAACUUCUGAGCCUGGGCUUUACCAUAUGUUUCUCAGGGUUUUUCUUAUUGUUUGUUGAUUGGAAUGGUCUCCGCAACGCAAAGUGUGGGAUGGAUGCAUUUGAAUCUGGAAUUAAGCCCUGUGAUCUUGCUAAGGAAGCUCUACACCAGCACCCUUUAACCCCUUUAACACUUUCAAAAGCUAUUAUUGUUGGAUAUUUGGGGCUAUUUUCCAGCUAUUGGAUAUUCUGUUUUUUAAGGUUUUUUGCGCAAUUAAAGGAUACUCUUGGAAUACGUCAUUUCUAUCAUAACAGUCUCCAUGUUUCUGACAAUGAAAUUCAGACCAUGCCAUGGGCAACAAUACUUGAAAGGGUUGUCCAGUUACAAAGUUCAGAACAACUCUGUGUGGUCAAGGAUCUUUCUGCUCAUGAUGUGGUUAUGCGAUUGAUGCGGAAGGAGAACUACUUGAUUGGAAUGCUUAAUAAAGGAGUGCUUGCUUUUCCUAUCUCACCCUGGGUGCCAGGUGCUGGUCCAACUGUCAAAUUUGGCCCUGAUGGAAUGAGACAUCGUCUGAUGCUAACAAAGACACUUGAAUGGACCUUAAAUUGGUGUAUACUGCAGAGCAUGUUUGAUCAAAACUUUUAUGUUAGAAGGGACUUCAUAACUAAUCCUAGAACAUUGAAGAAGAGGCUCAUGGUUGUCGGGCUUGCUAUGCUUCUUCUAUCUCCAUUUCUUGUUAUAUUCAUGCUAGUUUAUCUCUUCUUAAGGCAUGCUGAACAAUUCUAUAAUCAUCCAAGCACGGCUUCAUCCCGAAGAUGGUCCAAUUUGUCAAAGUGGAUGUUCAGGGAAUUCGACGAGGUUGACCAUUUAUUCAAGCAUCGGAUAAAUAGCAGCGUAAUGCAUGCUUCUGAGUACAUAAAGCAAUUUCCCUCACCUAUUAUUUCUAUCACCGCAAAGUUUAUCUCAUUUGUAUCCGGUGGCUUUGCUGCUAUCUUGAUUAUCAUUGCCUUUUUGGAGGAAUCUUUACUAGAGGGCCAUAUAUUUGGUCGGAACUUGUUUUGGUAUGCAGCUGUUUUUGGAACCAUAACAGCUAUAAGUCGGGCUGCUGUUAGGGAUGAACUUCUGGUCCUUGAUCCAGAAGGAGCAAUGUCUAUGGUGGUCCAACAUACACAUUAUAUGCCAAAGGGAUGGCGUGGUAAAGAAAACACUGAAAUAGUCCGGAUAGAGUUUGAAACUCUAUUUCAGUACACUGGAAUGAUGUUGCUAGAGGAGAUGGCCUCAAUUUUCCUCACUCCAUUUUUGCUUCUAUUUGUUGUUCCAAAGCGUGUGGAUGACAUUUUACAGUUCAUUGAUGAUUUUACUAUGGAUGUUAAAGGUGUCGGUCAUGUUUGCAGUUUUAGUGCGUUUGAUUUCCUAAACCAUGGCAAUGGUAAUUAUGGCUCUCCACACAAUGCACCUCAUUCACAGAGGAGUUCCCAAGGGAAAAUGGAGAAAUCAUUCUUGAGUUUCCAGAGUAGCUACCCUUCAUGGGAACCCGAUGCUCAGGGUAAGCAGUUCCUGUUAAAUAUUAGAACUUUCAGGGAGCAAAAGUUGCAAGGCCAUAGAGCCAGACAUGCAUAUUCUCCAGGUAGAUUGUUGCGAGGUAGCCCACUGGGAGCUUAUGGAGUUAGAAACGGCCUUUUAUCAAGGGAAAUGCAGCAGAAUAUUCCAUGCACUGGCUAUAAUUUAGGUUCCUUAUGGCUAAUUGAUGAUGAUCAAAAGAAUCACCCUUAUCUUCUAGAUUGGUAUUAUACCUCUCAAUGUCACCAUGUGACCGGUUAUAGGAGAGACACUGCAACGAGGUCAUUUGAAGCAGCUGAACAACAGCGUGGAGAUUAUCAGGUGCUAACCAACAUGACACAUAAUGAAGCAAGAGAUGAAGAAUACUGGCCACACCGUUAUGAUGAUCGAUCACAGUCACAUCUUGAAGCUUCAACAUCAACUCCUUUCUUCCAUGAAAGUGUACUUCAGCAUCAUGAUACAAAUAACUUGGCAAACCAUCCAAGGAGCCGUUGGUGGGAUAGAAGCGGUUCACGUGCUGCACAGCCCGAAACAAGUUUCCUUGAGCCUCCUGAUUUCAACCGCUAUUCAUCAGACCAUCAUUAUGUUAACUUAUCUGAGACAAGUGUAGAAAAGCAAGAUCAAUUCCUUGAUUGGAGGGAUUCUCAGAGAUUAUCCUGGCCGACUUACAUGGAUGAUCUUGAAGCCAGAGGGGAUGUAAAUCUUCAUUUUGAUGAUAUUUAUAGCAGACCUCCUGAAACUCCCGCUGUAAAUUUAAAGCCCCUGAGCUUCGAUUGAUCAAUAAGCUCUUAGUUUGUGGUGUUGUACUUCCCUUCAGAUGAAUGGAAUGCAAGUGGGUUUCCAUUGCUGGACUGAGGUUUUGUCCUAUUAUGCAAGGAAACUCUGUAUUCUUUGUUGUAUAUACAUUCAUUGUGAGGUUAGCUUCUAGAAGACCUCAACUCAGAUUUAGAAGUUUCAUACUCCAACGAGUCACUGUUAGCCUUCUGAUAGUGUAUAAACAAACAAUUGAAAGCCAUUGAUCAUUUUAAAAUUUCAUUUAAUUCCAAGUAUUACUUUAUACAUUUUUGUCUUGA